AUGAAGGUCUCCAUCUUCGCUACGAUCAUGGCCGCCGCUGGCAUGGCCGUCGCCACCGGCGCGAUCCGCCCGGUCAGCGAGGUUCUCCCGACGCUCAAGCAGGACCCGUCGGGGCUGGGCUUCACGCACGUGGGCUCGGACAACGUGGUGCGCACGUUCAACCGGGACUUCGGCGUCGUCGACUUCGCGCAGCUCGACGACAAGGCGCCCACGGCCGACGGCUGGCCGCGCAUCCCCAGCCCGGACGUGCUCGCCGAGGCCAAGGAGGCCCACGCCCGCUCCUCCCGCCUGGUCUCCCGGGCCCGCCCCCUGGGCCCGCUCGGCGCCCGCGACCAGAAGAGCUGCGUCAGCCGCUUCUGCCCCGACGACCAGUACUGCAAGGGCCUGUCCGCCUACGGCUACUCCUGCGGCUCCUGCAUGGUCGUCUCCAACAACGUCGGCAACUGCCAGCCCUUCUAG